AUGGAUUGUGGCUCCAGAGGGGCUGACGUGGAUCUGGAGCUAGCUCUCGGGGCCGCAGCGAUGAGGAAGCCUCGGAGGAGGCCCCGGCAGAACCUGGAGGGCAGACGUUCCCCCUCGCCCUACAGCCUCAAGUGCUCGCCGGCGCGGGAGACGCUGACGUACGCGCAGGCCCAGCGCAUGGUGGAGGUGGACAUCGACGGGCGGCUGCACCGCAUCGGCAUCUACGACCCCCUGAAAAUCAUCACCGAGGACGAGCUGACUGCCCAGGACAUCACAGAGUGCAACAGCAACAAGGAGAACAGCGAGCAGCCCCUUUUCCCUUCCAAAUCGAAGAAAACGCCUUCCAAAGGCAAGAAGAAGGAGUCCUGCUCCAAGCACGCGCCGGGGACGUCUUUACACCUCCCCCAGCCCAACUUCCGCGUGCUGGACUCCUUCAGCCAGCCAGAUGCUGCUCCCCUCCCCGCUGCCUACUACCGGUACAUUGAGAAGCCUCCCGAGGACCUUGAUGUGGAGGUGGAGUAUGACAUGGACGAGGAGGAUCUGGCCUGGCUGGAGAUGGUCAACGAGAAGCGGAGGGACGAUGGUUACGGGGCGGUUUCCGCGGACACUUUCGAGCUGCUGGUGGAUAGGCUGGAAAAGGAGUCGUACCUGGAGAGCAGGAACAACGGGGCUCAGCAGUCCCUCAUCGAUGAGGAUGCCUUCUGCUGCGUCUGCAUGGACGACGAGUGCCACAACAGCAACGUCAUCCUCUUCUGUGAUAUCUGCAACCUGGCCGUGCACCAGGAGUGCUACGGCGUGCCCUACAUCCCCGAGGGGCAGUGGCUUUGCCGCUGCUGCUUGCAGUCCCCCUCUCGCCCCGUGGAUUGUGUCCUUUGCCCAAACAAAGGGGGAGCCUUCAAGCAGACCAGCGACGGCCGCUGGGCUCACGUGGUUUGUGCCAUCUGGAUCCCAGAGGUCUGCUUUGCCAACACUGUGUUCCUGGAGCCCAUUGAAGGGAUCAGCAACAUCCCGCCGGCUCGGUGGAAGCUCACGUGCUAUAUCUGCAAGCAGAAGGGCAUGGGAGCUGCCAUCCAGUGCCACAAGGUGAACUGUUACACUGCCUUCCACGUCACCUGCGCCCAGCGGGCUGGUCUCUUCAUGAAGAUUGAACCCAUGAGGGAGACCAGCAUCAAUGGCACGACGUUCACCGUGCGCAAGACUGCCUAUUGCGGGAGUCAUUCCCCACCUGGGACGGUGAAAAAAGGGUCUCUGGCCACUACUGGUGAGGGGCAGGAGCACCCUGUGAAGGAGGAGGGUGAGGAGGAAGCCAGUUCUGGCCCUCCCAAAGGGUCUCUGAAAAAGAACCGAGUGAAAUUAAAGCAGAAGAUCAAAAAGGAGCCUGGUGAUGUGACCAACGGGCGUUUGUCGGCGCCCAUGGUGGCAGUGGCACAAAUCCCCUCUUACAGGCUGAACAAAAUCUGCAGUGGCCUCUCCUUCCAGAGGAAGAACCAGUUCAUGCAGAGGCUCCACAACUACUGGCUGCUGAAGAGGCAGGCGAGGAAUGGGGUGCCCCUGAUCCGGCGCCUGCACUCCCACCUCCAGUCCCAGAGGAAUGCUGAGCAG